UAUUAUUUUAACUUUUUCAAGUCUAUAAAUAUUUAAAUUUGCUUUCGAGAACAUCAUUAAUAAAUCAUGAAAGCACCACUAGGAUGUUUUCAUUUAUGGCUUUUCACAAAACGUGUAUGAUAAAUAAAACGGUUUGUCGUUGUGUCAGUAACGCUAUGUGCGUCGAAUGUUUGUUUUUGUCAAAAAUAUUGUGUUCUACAUGGUUACUGUUGUGUAAAUGUUUGUCUCAACGGGAUAUCAUGUAUUUGCGCGUCACAUUGUGUACAUUGAGUGAUAAAUACGUACAUUAUUUACGUGUGACAAGCCCUGUCAAGGCUGAGCGGCUACUACGUGUUUUCGAAUGAAAAUCUCGUGACUGAAAAGUGUGUGUUUCCCGCGAUAUUGUCUGUACCCAUGUGCCUAUACUUGUACUAUGUUCAAACCCAUGUCUUUGUGUAAACACAUUACUGUGGGAAGACUAGAAAUCUUAAUUAACUUGUAAUGGAAAAUUGUAACAGGUGCGUGAGAAUGUCGACGCAAGGCCGCGGUCGUGGCUACACGGGGCGGCACCACCUGCGCGAGCCGCGGCCCGGCGACCCCGACCUGGCCGAGGAGCUGGAGGCGGCGCGCACGCUCGCCGAGCUCAGCCCGCGCUCCACAGUGUCGCGUGUUGUUGCAGAGCCGGCGCGCGAGUACAAUGAGCCGCGGGACUCGGAGCCGCGCGAUGAACCCGAGAGGGGUGACAGAAGUGACAGAGGUGACAGGGGUGACCUCGCCUCCGACGACGCUGUGCUCGCCGACCUGCUCACCAUUGACGAACAGUAUGCGCCGCUGCUCGCGCUGUUGGAGCAGUUCUCGCCGGGUGAGGACGGCAUACAGUUCAACAGAAAGUUGCGCCACUUCGAGACCACCGUCACCAACAUGUGCCCCGACGAGACCAGGCUGCAACAGGCGUUCGCGACGUUCCGCGCGGCGGCGCUGGCGCACGCGGGCACGGCGCGGCGCCUGGCGGCCGUGGGCGCGAGCUUCACGCGCCAGCAGCGCCAGCAGCUGCUGCGCGCCGCGCUGCUCAACGUCGUCAUGCAGGGCACCUUCUCCAAACUGGACGUGUUGGAGCGCGCCAACCCACAACACCUGAUCAACGCAGCGAACCUCAUGGGCGACUACUUCGCAGAGGCGCGUCUGUGUAACGGCAACAAGGUGCACAUCCUGGCGAGUCCGCUGCUACAGUACAUGAAGGCGCUGCUCGCCAGCGACGACAUCCGCGCACACCGCAGCCUCGCCACACAGUUAAUGCAAAACGGAAGAGAGCUGCUCCUGGUGCUGGCACAGGAGCUGGACGAGCUGUCGAUCUCGAUCCGUCUGCGGCUACUGUCGCCGCCGCCGGUGAGUGUGGUGUGGCUGCUGCUGUCCGCCGACCUGUGCCUCAACAAGUUUCUACCGCUUCCCAACACGCUGCAGCAGUUCUACGCGGCGCAUCUCGAGCUCACCACGGACGAGAACUACAGCGAGGUCAGCUACGGCUCCUGGAAGAAGCCCGACGAACACAAAGACGACAGCGACAAAAUAGGACAAAACAUAUCACAGAUCAGCCUCAAUCAUAGUGAUGACACCAAACCGAAGUUAAGGCCCAUCCUGGGUGCAGGAGCUGGUCUCCUGAGACAGGAACAGUCUCUCUCAGCCACACAAGACAACUACGACACAUGGGCCACCCGGAACAGCCUGAGCAAGAGAUACGACCUGAACUCGUGGAGGCAGGCGGAUGAAGAGAAGAAGGAAGAAUCAGAGCCAGUGUUCAACCCUAAUGUGUUGCCACCAAAUUACCAAGUAGUACCGAACUACCCACCCCCCGGUCAGUACAACUAUCAAGAGAACCUCGCCAACUACCUGCAGCAGGGCGACGGCACUUACAUACAGAACCAGUACAACAACGUGAACUACAGUCAGCAGGGUGACGCCUUCUACCAGGACAGGAACGUAAACGAGCGCGUGGUGUCGCAGGACAGGACGGGCGACAGGACGCAGGUGGCGGCCGCGCCCUUCCUGUCCGACAGGAACUCCGAACGCACCGCCCUGCCCGCCGCCGACCGCGCCGCCAUCGACCGCGUCAACAACGAGCUGCAGAAGAACAGCGCCAGGAGACCCGUCGAGAACUGGCGGAAAGAGAAAUCAGAUCUCAAAGACGAUCCUAAUCGGAACAGGCAGCGGAACUGGACGCGACAGAAAUCCAAAGACAACGUGAACGAAGACGAGGAUAAGGACAGGAAGAGCAGAGACGCGCGACCGACCCGUCUGACGCGGAGGAACAGCGGCGACAGCCUCGAGUCCAGCGGGAAGACGCCGCAGCGCAGGAACGUCACGGACGUGCCGCGGAACCACAAGUACUGGGACCACGACGACCGCUGCGACAAGGACUACAACAGUUAGUUAGUGCCGAGUGGGUGGCGCUGAUGCGGACGGUUCUAUAGAUGUAAUUUGACGGUUUCAAAAACCUUAGCUUAAAAAUGGAGAUUAUUUUCGUUAUAUGUCAAUAAAAUGUGCCCCAUUGAAGUUUUCAAUGUUUGUGAUGAAAUUAUAUUGUUCUUUGUGAUCAUUGAGCCUAGAUCCAAUUUUACAAUUGUCGAGUAGCGUCAGUGAGAGUGGCAGUCUAUCCGCAAAUUCUGCGUCUCCUAGACAAGAUCUCAACAGGAGCCCAAACACUUCGCCACCUUUUCACCAAUUAAAUGCCACAGGAAUAAUAAGUAUGUGUGUGCUGUAGUGGCAAAUGUAACUCUUAAUGUAGGCACGGUUCAGAGUUUUACUUAAAAUGUUACAACUCGUGCAUUGUAGAUGAUGAACAUACAUUAUGCAUUUAAAACUAGCAUGAAUUAUAUUUUAAAUAAAAUUAUUUAUAUUUGCACUAAAUAUUGUUUUAGAACCUACCAAAAUAAAUAAAUUUUACUAGCCAAUCUGUUGAGCGUCAAUAUUUUAUAAUUACUGGAACAUCUAAAAGCAAGUGACACUAUAAAUAAUCUCCAUUUUUUCUAUAUAAAUUGUCGAGUGGGGUAUGUAGCACUCCCUCGUGUGCGGACAUGUUGUAGCGCCAGCUGUCGACGGCGACAAACAUUUGGACUAAGAGAAUUGUGCUAGCCCAAUAGUGUAGGAUAAUUAGUAGUACGGAUUCUGGUGGAGUCCUCUGGGAACGUGGCGUGGGGCUGGAAGUCUUGUAGGUAAAAGUAUCCUGUUUUAUUUAUUAAUCUCAAUGUACGGUUGUGUCGCCUGUUUGGUAAAUACUCGAAGUUAUAUUAGUUUUCACCCCAUGUUAAUGUAACGACAUUCUGUGCAUUUGUUAAGGCUGAUAACAAUCGACAUUAUAUUUCAUCUGCACUUCACUGCGAUGAUAUAAGCACCGUUUGGUCCGGUUCGUGUCUCGACGACUCCCCGACACGCUGCGCUCUCAGAAUGACGCCGAGAUAAGUUAGACAAAUUGUAAUAGACUUGAUUUAAUUUGUUUAAAACAAUCUCAAUAAUUAAUAUUGACUAAAUGGCUCAUGUGCACGAUGAUUAGUUUUAAGUUCUUGGGGAUUACUUUGAAAUAUUCCCAAUGCGUUACCUUGCGGGCAGGUAUCUCACAAUAUCGGUUUGAACUGCGCACACGCAGGCUCACGUUUGGGUUUUGGGUAUAUACACCAAAUAGUGAUACCACAUACUGGGCCCCUUUUUAAGUUAAAGAGCAACAGUAACGUCGGUGCCCAAUAUGAGAGACAUUAGCUCUCACAACCAAUCGGAAACAAUUUUCGGAUCAUACAAUCAUAUUUUUCCUCUGCGAGGAAACAAACCAUUAUAACUGGUUUUCCCACUCAGGGUUGGCAUCUUAAAACGUAUUAGGCUUGCUCACGCACUGCCGAGUAAACACACUUUUAUUUUGAUGUGGAGGGUUGGGGUUUUGGGUCAAAUGCCCCUGACCUACUUUAUCUCAGCCAUCGAGUUGGUGGGUCGGUCGGCAAUGACGUUGGAUCCUCAACACGUUCGCUGGGCCGCCAUUUUAAUUUGGUGAUUUUACAAAAUGCUGUGCAAUAUUGCGUGCCUUCGACAUAGCAUCUUCAUAUAUUUGUAUCGUGUACAUGACCUAAUAAACACUUUGAAUGCGUGGGCCGAAGCGGUCAAUGUUAAGGCCUUAUCAUCCGCGCCCACCUCAUAAUUAUCGUCAGAGAAUAUAUCAAUAAGAAAAGUUUAUAUUACAAAUAUUAAAUAUACCAUCACCCCACCAUGAAUGAUAUCUAAAUAUAAAAUACCUCAAAUAUCGAUACUACUUAAAAUAUCAAGACUCGAAAGCCUCAGUAUCGAUUCGUUUUGGUAUCGAUACUAUCAUUCGACACUAAAGUGAGCAUUUUGGAAAUGAGAAUAAUGAUAAAAUAUACAGAGAUAUUAUAUUGAAUAUUUAUCUUUUUUUGCUGAGAGUUAUUUGAACGGAGAUGUGUGGGUGGGUCGGUUCAGUGUUGCUGUUCGUCUGAUCGCCACCUCACAUUUAAUAGACUAUGAAAAUCGAAUGCAAUGUAAUGUAUUUUUGAUAAUUAGUGUUAAAGACUAGUGGCGAGGCAAAGUGGUCAUUUUGUAAACAUUGUACGUGGAUACAUUUUAAGUACCAAAAAAUAAGGGCCGAUGCCGAACGCGCUAAAGAGUUUGCAUAAAAUAACAUCAUUGAGUUGUGUGUGCACGAUGUACGUGAAAUGGACCUGAUUACAGAUUAUUUGACGACAUUCGAAACAUUAUCUACGGAUGUCCGCGUCAAACGCGAUGCUAUCGGAAUGUCGCGUCUAUUACCAAAUACUACACUUUUUGCGAUAUUUUUACUUUUAACUAAUUCAAUGUUUUAUGCUAACGACAAAUACUGGGUACUCAUAUUUUGGUAAUUAAAAUUCAAAGGUUUAUCUUAAGAUAAGAUUAUCUUAAGAUUUGUACUUGGACGAGAAUAAAUUAUAAUAAUUAUGUGAUAUUGAAUGUGUUAAGGCUAUGGUGUACACGUAAAUAUUAAUGUUAGGCGAAAUAUUAUUUAGUGGGAAAUUUUUAUUGGCUUAGUGAAAUUAUGUUAUAUUUUACUUGUCAGGAAGAAAUUGUAAAAACGUUUAUGAGCAUGUUCCCCACUCUGGGUACGCGGGAAUCCAUGCGCACUCUGGUGACAACACUAGGAAAAACAACGUUCCUUGAGCAAGAAGUUUAAUAAUAAAACUAAAUAAAAUCUUAUUCUGAAAUACAAGACGCGAGGAGGCGCCAUAAACCAUUGCAUUGUUUCUCCUGGUGACGCCGGCUGCAGCGGCCUGGCUCGACCCGCGGCUCACAAUACGGCUCAGUCUUUAUUUAGUAAUUAAAUCCUUGAAUUAGUCACCGCCGGUGACUUGUGAAGUUAGAUAGAUUGAUUGUGUACGGUGAGGGGGAAAUAGCCUUACUGCUAUUCGUAACAUUAUGGUGCGCGACACGUUCCGAUCCCCGAGUAUCGUGCAAUGUUAAACUCUCCUCCCACAUGACAAUGUGCUAUCACCAUAAUGGAAUAUAUACUCGCAGCUUUAUUUUUGAGAUUUCUUUCACUCAACUGAAGCGAGGGUCCCAUACAGGGCUGUCCAGAUAAAUACUUAACGAUCAAGUAAUAUAUGUUGAAGAUAUUGUGUCUGAUGUGUAGCUGCUUAUCGAAUACGCGGAGAGUAGGAGCGUGUCGCAAGCGUUGGAUCUCAUCGCGUCUGCGCGGCGCGCGUGCUCGUGACCCACUUGUUCAGUUGAAGGACGGACGCUCAUAUAGCGACGUUUAACUAUUUAUCUAUCGUUUAAUGUAAUUAUAUUAGAGCAGUAGACACCCUCGGUCAUUGUCAUCUCGCCAAACAUGUUAAUGAUUCCUUUCUUUAACUGAACAAGCAGUAAUAAAAUAUUUUUAUCUUUGACAUUUGGUAACUAAAUAAAAAUUUUAUAUUUUCAUAAUUAGCAUUGUAAUAUAUUAAUGUAAUUUGUAGUCUGAUGUAAAAUAUAGUGAAAUGUAGGGAACUGUAAAGUGACCACUUUGUAACAUUCAUCGCUAGACAUUCUGUGCAUCCAUUACCGCGGACAGGUAUUUCAAUUGAAAUAAUGAGAUUUCCGUUUGUUUUCUCACAUCCUCUCUAGCAGAAUGGUAUAAAAUUACGAAAACAAACAUUGCGAGAGUGAGAAGGCUGUCCCUGGGUAAUUAUAUCAUACCGAUACAUUGAAUGUUCAAGGCUAUGACAAAAAUUCUCAAAAUACUGACAUUGAAUUCAGAAUAAUAAUAUUACUAGUUUUAUAAUAUUAUCUUCUGUCUGUUUUUGACGUGUAAUAAAUCCAACAUUUUGGGAAUUAAACGUCAUACCUUAAUCUCAUUUAGUUCACCGAAAGACUGCUCCAAACAACAUACUGUAAUGGGCCCAGGAAUAAAGCGUGGAUGUCUCAGUCCAAUGUUUGGGACCUCCUGCGGCCGGCCUGCGGGAUGUGUCAUCGGGUCCGUAUUCACAAACGUUACUUAGCUAAAUACGGACAAAUGCUGUUAUAAUAAUUCUGUUUCUUAUUACACGAUGCGAUUGGCUUGUAUGGAAAUACAACUACAUAACUUGGGUUGAAACUAUGCGUUUGAACGCAGUCAUAGUAAUAUUUGUGAAUACGGGUGUCGGACAUGGUCUCACGUUACUGCUUUUUUUCGUACAAACUAAUAGAUUGCUCAAAUUUUAGUUAAAUAUCAUCACAUGACAAUGACUUCAGCGUCGCAGAACAUCCGCCUGUCUUCAUACAAUAUGUCGGUAUUCAAAACUCCAUGUAGCAUACCGACUAUAAUAUAAUUUUAGGACCUUUAUAGGUUGUUUUAAGGGUCUCCGGGUUUAGAUUGGGCGCAAACAAGGGAGGUAGGGCUGCCGGUGCAAUUCUAUCAAAGCGUUAAAUCGUUCACCCUUUACCUAUUUAGACAAAUGUGGGCCUCCGCCCCCUGAGCUGAUGUCACUCCCGCGUCCGAGCCAGGCUCCCGAAAGCAAAGCGAGUGACCCGCAACUACUGGCAUUACAGUUCUCUCUAGUGACUCGUACCGCGCAAACACUGUGCUGAGAGAGAAUCUAAUAGAACCAUUGUGCACUGUCAUAAUAAUGUAUUCUUUGAUGAAGUCGCGUGCAAUCGCUAAUGUAAUGUUAAUUUAACGUUAAAAAAUAUUUUUCAUCUACUUUAGUAUAGUUUAGGGUAUAGAUAUAAUUUUUACAUUAGAAUUAUAAUGGAAAGGAACAAAAUUGAUGAUUAUGUGUGUUUUAUGUGAAUUCAGUUGUAAAGGGUUGGGUGCAGCUGCGCGCGAGGACGGCACGGCGUCGCUAUACAAAACCACUUCUACGUUAUGCCUUCUUCCUUGGUUCUCAUGAUAAGGGUUCCUAAUAAAUUGUUUUCAGUUAAGAAAUGACCACGGGCCGACGUGCGGCAUGUUUUUUUCAAUACAUUUAUCCCUAUGUUCUGGAAUGCUAAAGCUAUAACUGAGGAUAGACACCGAGAGCCAAUUAAUUCUCUACGUUAAAGUUUGUUAUAUACCUAAUGCUAAAUAUGAUUGUUUCCAAGCAAUACUUAACGUUGGCGUCAGCUGUACAUUAAGUUGUGUUGGAAGCAGGUUGACGCUCGGCAGUAGUCGCGUGCAGUUUCAUCUAAACCCGUCCGGACUCAGAACCUAUGUGUACCUGUAUAAAUAUGCACAAUUAAUAAAUACACUUUAACUAAGA